AAAUGCCUACAUAUGGCAACUUCACCCUACAACACGUGUGUGGAAAGAAUUUUGGCGUGACUGCGGCCGCAUUAAUAUCUUGUAGUUCACGAAUUUCAGUAUAGUCAGAGUGUAAUUAUGGCGGAAAUAGCUAAAAUAGCAGAUGCAAUUGUUUUAGAUUUCUUAAAAUCGAAAGACAAAAAUCUGGCUAAGGUUUUUGAGCAGAAAACUAAGGCGGCAUCUGUUGGCAAGAACACACCCAAGUUGAACGAUAUAUUAGCUUUUUAUCAAAAAAAAAGUGAGAAUAAAAUACCGGCCAUAAAAACAAAUUCUACUAACAGUGAAAGUGAGGACAGUGAUUCCGAUUCGGACACGGAUGAUGCACCCAAAAAGGCGCCGGCACAAGCACCAUUGACAAACGGAAAAGCAAUCAAAAAGGCUUCAUCUAGCAGCGAUGAUAGUUCCUCAGAAGAGGAGCAAAAUAAGUCUUCCUCAGUUGCAAAAAAAACAGUAGGUGCAGUUGUUGCUAAACCGUCUGCAAAGAAAACCCCCUCCUCCAGCAGUGAAGACAGCUCCUCAGAGGAAGAACAAAAGAAACCUGCAGUUGUUGCUAAACCCUCUGCAAAAAAAACCGCCUCCUCCGGAAGCGAAGACAGCUCCUCAGAGGAGGAGCAAAAGAAACCUGCAGUUGUUGCUAAACCCACUGCAAAAAAAACGGCCUCCUCCAGCAGCGAAGACAGCUCUUCAGAGGAGGAGCAAAAGAAACCCGCAGUUGUUGCUAAAAUACCAGUUGCUAAAACUAAUAAAAAAGCACCUUCAUCCAGCAGCGAAGACAGCUCCUCAGAAGAGGAGCAAAAGCAACCACCAGUAGUUGCUAAAACUCCCAAGAAAAAAGCUACUCCAUCCAGCAGCGAAGACAGCUCUUCAGAGGAAGAGCAAAAGAAGCCUACUGUGGUAACUAAAAUACCAGUAGUUGCUAAAAAAGCAGCACAAGACAGCAGUGAAGACAGCUCCUCAGAUGAGGAUGAACGGAAGCCACCAUUAUCCACCCAAAAAUCGCCUACCAAAACUCCCGCGAAAAAAGCGGCUUCAUCCAGUAGCGAAGACAGCGAUUCCGACGACGAGUCAAAACCAGCUGCUGUAAACAAAGCUCCUGCUAAAAUUACACCUAUUAAGAAGGCAGCCUCUUCAAGCAGUGAAUCAUCUGAUUCCGAUGAGUCAGAAAAACCUGCAGCUAAAAAGCCAAAAGCGGCGGUAACUCCUAAGAAAGCUUCAUCUAGUAGCUCUUCCAGUGAGGAUGAAAGCGUGCCCGCUGUCAAACCGGCAGUACAAAAAGGUAGCCUUCUAGCAAAAAAAGCUGAGUCAUCGGAUGAGUCCUCUGACUCGGACGAUGACGUUAAGUCUAAAGCUAAGCCGGCAAACAAGGCGAACAAACCAGCUACUAAAAAGGCCGAAAGCUCAGACUCCUCAUCUUCAGAUGAAGAUUCGCCGCCAGCUAAAAAACCAGUCGCAGCUAAAAAGGUAGAGGCAUCCAACGACAGCGAAGAAGAGUCGGGAGAAGUUAAGCCCAAAGCCAAUGGUGCCCAAACGUUUGGGAAAAAGAGAAAAUUCAGCGGUGGCGACACUGAAGCUAAGGACUCUCCUAAACAUCAAAAAUAUAACAACUUCGUUAAGUCGGGUGAACAGCAGCGCAACGUCUUUGCGUCCACACCUAACAAUAACAAUAAAAACCAGAGCCAGCAGCUAAACAAUAGCGGCGGCCAGGGACGACGUCGGUCGCCCUUUCGUCGCGUACGCACUGAGGAGGUGCUUGUGGAUCAACGCGUAAAAGACAUGUCUUUUGAAGCGAAGGAUGGUGGCUUCAAGAACUCUCGCGGACGCGGCGGUUCAGGCUUCGGAGGACGUCCAGAUCGUACCAAGUGGGAUAACGACAAACUGAAUGGCGAGGGUGGUGACAAGAAUGGCGGUUUUCAGAAAAUGGGCGAUCGCAAGUCCUUUGGAGGAUUCGAUAACAAACGUGGAGGCGGAGGAGGAGGCGGCCGUGGAUUCGGACAAGGAGGAGGCCGUGGAUUUGGUGGACGAGGUGGUGGUGGCCGUGGUGGUGGUGGUCAUGGCGGUGGCCGCGGUGGCGGUGGUGGCCGCGGUGGCGGUGGUGGCUUUGGCGGUGGUGGCCGCAGUGGCGGUGGUAGCUUUGGCGGUGGUGGCCGCGGUGGCGGCGGUGGUUUUGGCGGCAAUAGGUUCAACAAGUCAUUUGACUCGGCGAAUAACACACAGAAUAAGAAAAUUAGCUUUGAUGAUUAGGUUUAGUUUAAGCAACCACCCCUACAAGCACACACAAAACCACAGUAUGCCCCAUUGUUACAUAACUAUACCAAUAUAUACAUAUAUAUAUCAUAGAAAAACGCAGCUGGCUCCUGGGGCGAACGCGCCAAUUAUGACUUAAAAUUUACACGCGGAAAAUCUUUUAAGCACGAGAAGACCAAGAAGAAGCGCGGUAGCUACCGGGGCGGCCAAAUUGACACAGGCGUGAAUUCUAUCAAA